ACACAUUGAAGUCAUUGAGUCGAUGGAUUCCUCAAGCUUCAUAAAUGCUCUGCGACGGUUCUUUUCCAUCAGAGGACCAGCCAAACAAAUCAGGUCUGACUGUGGUACAAACUUUAUCGGGGCCUGCAGAGCUGAAGAUGGAGGCCGUUCAGAGCGACAAGGAGGUCCAAGAGUACCUGAGUGACAAAGGGUGUACUUGGGUCUUCAACCCACCGCACUCAUCUCAUAUGGGAGGCAGCUGGGAGAGAAUGAUCGGCAUCACGAGGCGCAUCCUGGAUUCCACGCUGCUGAAGGUGGGUCUAUCCAAGCUUACUCACGUCCUGACUAUGUUCAUGGCGGAAGUCUCGGCCAUCGUGAAUGCUCGUCCGUUGGUUCCUGUGUCCACGGAUCCAGACUCCCCCCUCAUCUUGACGCCAGCGACACUCCUCACCCAAAAGGUUGCUGUAGUUCCUCCUCCCCAAGGUGAAUUCAACGAGAAAGACCUCUUCAGCCGGCAGUGGAGGCAAGUUCAAAGCCUUGCCAACACCUUCUGGCACCGCUGGAGAAAGGAGUAUCUUCCUACCCUGCAGAGCCGUAGGAAGUGGCAGAAAGAGAAGCCCAACCUUAAGGAGGGAGACAUUGUGAUGCUUAAAGACAGUCAAGUGAAAAGGAACGACUGGCCCAUGGGCAUCGUCGUGAAGACCUUUCCUGGCAGAGAUGGGAAAGUAAGAAAGGUUGAAGUCAAGACAGCAAGAGAGGGGUCAUGCAAGACCUUUCUGCGUCCAGUUUCGGAGACUGUCCUACUCCACUCUCCAGAGACUGAUAAGUAACUUUAAGUUCUAGUAUUAAUGUUGGCAUCUUUACAGAUACCAGACAGAGAGUGUUCUGGCCCCUGUAGUUGGUUUGAGUUCAUUUUUUAAGUCAAUUCCAUUUGGCCACUAGACGGCGCUGUUUACUGAUAAGGUCUGUUGUUUGCUUAAGUUCCUAUAUCCUGUAAAAGAAGAAUCCUUGUUAGCAAUGCUGAAAGUCGCUCUGUGGAGCUGCAGAUAUCAUCGAACUCCAUCCUUCUUGCAAUUAUUUUGUAGAAGCAUUGUCUAUAUGUAUAUGUGACAAAGAGCAAAUUAAUCUGAAUCAACAAUCUCCCUCUCGACCUAUGAGAGCACUGUACAGCAGGAAUUGCGUGCCGCGUACUGAAUGUUUCGGCAGUUCAUUCCGGGGGCAGUCAGAAGCUGGCCAUUCAGGAAAGGGAUGGCGUCACAGUACCAGGAGUCCACGCCCUAGUACGAUAAGCAAAGUUUCAUUCAUGAAUUGGAGGAGACGUGAUUGAACGAGCUAUCAAAGGGGGCGGGGCUGAGGGUACUUUAGGGGGACGUGACGCCAUAAUCGGGUCCUUUGUUGUGGUUGAUGGGAGGAAACGAGGACUGUUUGGAAGGAGAGUUAAGUAUUUUGUUUGUUUUUGCAACCGUGUGUGUUUUGACUUUGACAGACUGAUUAAGCACCGAUCUGGGAGCUGCAGCCUGAGGCCAGCGAUUCACCCGGACUUCACCGCACCUGCACUUAACCGGCAUCAUUAUAUCCAGCACCACACCUGCACCCGAGCACGCACUGUCCGGAGACGUGUCUGUGUUUGUGUUGUGUUUGUGUUUUUGGGAUUAUUAUUUCAGGACUGCAACCCCUUGUUUUUAGGAGCUGGCAAUACCCAUUACUGGGUAGAGCCAGCUUUAUUAUUUAAUUAAUGUUCAAGAAAUAAAAAGGAACUUGAAC